AUGGCGCCUCAUCCCUCGGGUGCGCCAACUGUCCAAGGGACCUACAAGACGGAGCGGUCCUUCCCGGGCGCCUCGGACGACGAAGGGGCCUGCGUUGCGUCCGCUCCGCCCAGCCCCGCUCGCUCGCGGGGCAACGGCGCCGAGGAGGAAGGGGGCGGCUGCCGAGGGGCCUCGAGGAAGCUCCGGACCAGGCGCGGCGGGCGCAGCCGGCCCAAGAGCGAGCUGGCUCUGAGCAAGCAGCGACGCAGCCGGCGCAAGAAGGCCAACGACCGCGAGCGCAAUCGAAUGCACAACCUCAACUCGGCGCUGGACGCGCUUCGCGGUGUCCUGCCCACCUUUCCGGACGAUGCCAAGCUGACCAAGAUCGAGACGCUACGCUUCGCGCACAACUACAUCUGGGCGCUGACGCAGGCGCUGCGCAUAGCAGACCACAGCCUCUACGGGCUGGAGGCGCCCGCGCUGCCCUGCGAGGAGCUGGGCAGCCAGGACGGCGGCUCCCCGGGAGACUGGGGCUCCCUCUACUCCCCGGUCUCCCAGGCGGGCAGCCUGAGCCCCGCCGCCUCGCUGGAGGAGCGUCCCGGGCUGCAGGCCCCUGCCUCCCCUGCCAGUCUGCGCCCCGGCGCCCUAGCUUUUUCAGACUUCCUAUGA